GGGUUCCCCAAACAGCUUCCGACGCCGUAUCGGGUGAAGUAGCAAAAACCCAAUUCUACUUUUCUUUCCUUUUUCUUCUUCCUCUUCUUCCCCUCUUUACUCUCUCGCCACCCACUGUCGACAACAACAACACUCUCCGUUCCCAUUCGCCGCAGAGUGAGUAGUUUGGGCGAAUUCAUGUGCGCCCGCGAGAAAGUUGUAGAGAAUCACAUUGAGUUUAGAUUUUGGUAGUUGGGGAUGGAUUCGAGCGACAGUGGUCGCGGUUACUCAAAGCGCGAGAGGGAUGACGAGGAUUGGGAGUUCAGCGACAAGAGGAAGGAUAGGUCUAGAAAGUUUGGUGGCAAUGGGGACGAGGGCGAGGGCUCCGACGGAGGCGCCCGGAGAAAGCGCUCUAGCAGGACUGAUAGCGACGAUUACGAUUCGCGCUCCAAGCAAGGGGCCAAGAAGAGGCAGGAGGAGAGCACGUUGGAGAAGUUGAGCAGUUGGUAUGAGGAUGGGGAAUUGGACGAGAAGGCCGCGAGGAAGCGCGCCGGGGACGGCGAUUUUCACGACAGUGUGGUGAGUAAGGAGGAUGGGAAGGGUGAUGGCGGCGGUGGUGGCCGGGAGAAGGUUGGGCAUGAGGCCCGGAGUUCGAGGAGGAAAUGGGACGAGGUUGAUGCUAGUAGUGCGAGGAGGUCGCAGGAUGAGAAAGGGGAAUUCAGGAGUGGGAAACGCGAUAGUUCUAGGGAUAGGGAGAGGAGUGGAUCUGCUAGGAGUGAGCAUGGGGAGGGUAAAGCCUCUGGUGCUGAUAGGGUUGUGAAGUCGAGCAGUAAGGAGGAGAGAAGGGGUGAAUCCGAGAGAGGGAAGAGUAAGGGGAAGUCGGAUUCGGUGGAUGCUGGGCGCGAGGAGAGGGUUGAGAAGCCCAGGCAUCAUAGGGCCGCUGCUGGUUAUGAUGGGGCUGAAACCUGGGAUAGGUCGGUGAAUGUGGAGGAGGAUGGGCAUGUGCGGGUUAGGGAUAAGAGUGCUAGAGAAAGUGGGAACUCAAACAGGUCGAGGACACCUGAGAGGAGCGGAAAACGCCAUCAAGAUUUGGAAAACUCUGAGGUGGAUUAUGAAAGAAGUGGUAGCUUUAAAAGGAAGGAGCAUGAAGGCGAUGGCUUUAAGGAUGAUAGAUCCAAAGGGAAAGAUGAUACAUGGAAUGACAGGAGGAAGGAUCGGGAAAGUUCGAAAGAAAGUUGGAAGAGGAGGCAACCGAGUAAUUCUGACAAAGAGAAAAAUGAGGAGGGUGCUUUUGAUGACAACAGAGAUUGGGAGUUACCUAGACAUGGUUAUGAGAGGAUGGACAAUGAAAGGCCUCAUGGACGGUUUGGUGGUAGAAAAGAUGUGAGUAGGGGGGAAGCUGUUAAAACAUCCACAAAGUUUGGGAUUUCGAAUGACAAUUAUGAUGUGAUAGAGAUCCAGACCAAAUUUUAUGACUAUGGGAAAUCAGAAUCUAUGUCCAACCAUACUAAGAGAAAUGAAGCUCAUCAGCAGUACAGUGCGAAAUCGGGUGUUAAUGAUGAAGACUGGGCAUAUCAUCAAGAUGAAAGAGGAAGGAAGAACGAUUUAUCUGGUGAUGAUCUGAAGGAGAGAUAUACAGAUGAUGACUAUGAUUUUUAUGGGGGAAGAGGAAGAGGUCAGAAAGGUGGUGUAUCUGCCCGCAGUACUGGUGGCCAAAGUUCUAGUAGUGGUGGCUCACAGCCUCAAUAUGGAAAUCCGGAGUCUGGUUCCUUUAACAGAGCUGGUCCACAAGGAAUGAAAGGUAACAGGGUUGGUAGAGGAGGAAGGAUUAGGCCUACUGGGAGAGACAAUCAGCAGGUUGGAAUGCCAUUGCCAAUGAUGGGAUCGCCCUAUGGACCUCUUGCAAUGCCUCCACCUGGACCAAUGCAGCCACUUUCACAUGGAAUGUCACCAGCUCCCGGUCCACCAAUGUCCCCUGGAGUCUUCCUUUCACCAUUUACUCCUGCUGUUUGGCCUGGAGCUCGAGGUGUCGAUAUGAAUAUUAUAGGUGUACCACCUGUGUCUCCUGUUCCCCCAGGUCCUUCAGGUCCAAGAUUUAAUGCUGCUAAUUUAGGGAACCCACCAAAUCCGGCAAUGUAUUAUAACCAGUCAGGCCCUGGAAGGGGAAUGCCCCCAAACAUCUCUACUUCUGGUUUUAAUCCUCCAGGAUCAAUGGGUCGAGGAGCACCACCUGAUAAAACUCCAGGGGGGUGGGCUCCUCCUAAAAGUAGUGGAACUCUUGGUAAAGCUCCUUCCAGAGGUGAACAGAAUGAUUAUUCUCAAAACUUUGUUGACACUGGUAUGCGGCCACAGAAUUUCAUUAGGGAGCUUGAGCUCACAAAUGUUGUGGAGGACUACCCUAAGCUUAGAGAGCUUAUACAGAAAAAGGAUGAGAUUGUUGCAAAAUCUGCAUCUGCUCCUAUGUAUUAUCAGUGUGAUUUGAAAGAAUUUGAACUAUCUCAUGAGUUCUUUGGUACAAAGUUUGAUGUCAUUCUUGUAGAUCCCCCAUGGGAGGAGUAUGUUCACCGUGCCCCUGGUGUCGCUGAUCACAUGGAGUAUUGGACAUUUGAAGAAAUAAUGAAUCUCAAGAUCGAGGCUAUAGCAGAUACUCCUUCUUUCAUUUUCCUUUGGGUGGGUGACGGUGUAGGUCUUGAACAAGGUCGUCAAUGUCUAAAGAAGUGGGGAUUUCGUAGGUGUGAAGAUAUAUGUUGGGUAAAGACAAACAAAAGUAAUGCAACUCCGGGAUUACGGCAUGAUGCACAUACUUUAUUUCAACAUUCAAAGGAACACUGCUUGAUGGGCAUAAAAGGAACUGUUCGUAGAAGUACUGAUGGCCAUAUAAUUCAUGCCAAUAUUGACACGGAUGUCAUUAUAGCUGAAGAACCUCCGUAUGGUUCAACACAAAAGCCUGAAGAUAUGUACAGGAUUAUUGAGCACUUUGCCCUUGGAAGGAGGAGACUAGAACUAUUUGGUGAAGACCACAAUAUCCGGGCUGGCUGGCUGACUAUUGGUAAAGAGCUGUCGUCUUCAAAUUUUAAUAAAGAGGCAUAUGUGAAAAGCUUUUCUGACAAAGAUGGGAAAGUUUGGCAAGGAGGUGGAGGAAGAAAUCCACCUCCGGAGGCACCUCAUCUGGUGGUUACCACUCCUGAUAUAGAAGCUCUUAGGCCAAAGUCACCAAUGAAGAACCAACAACAAAUGCAGCAGCAGAAUUCAGUAUCCAUUUCUUUGACCUCAGGUGGGUCAAACAGAAGGCCUGCUGGGAAUUCACCGCAGAACCCACCUGCACUUGGUGUCAACCAAGAUGCAUCAAACUCAAACCCUUCUACUCCAGCUCCUUGGGGUUCACCUCUGGAGGGCUUCAAGGGACGUGAAGCCUCUGUAUUGCCCGCAGAUGAUAAAGUAAUGGAUAUGUACGGCUUUCAUGGACCACCAUCUGCGGGCUAUCUAGAUUUUGAAUCUUACAGACAAAUGAAUAUGUUGUAGCAUAACUCUUAAGGAUAAAGUUGCUUUAUGAUAAUUUUGUAAUUUUUCCCCCCAGUAUUUAAUGGGAAGAAAAAAGAAUUCUCAUUCUACCUAUUCAUUCUUUCUGCUAGCAUUGGCGAUUCAAUUGUUUAACCCGGGGGAAUAAAAGAAUGCGUCGGAUUACUGUAAAAUUAGCUCCCAUGUAUUAUUUUAUGGAAUGCUUA